GAAGAAAGAAAACAUAAAGAAGAGGAAGAUAAAAAGAAGGCUAAAGAAGCAGCAGUUGCUAAAGCCAAAUCAGUAAAUGGGUAUUGUGAAAGUUUGAUGAAAGAGAAUAAACAAUUUAAAUGCAUAAGAUGUAAAGGAAAAACCAAAGAAGAGGCUAUUUGUUUAGUUAGUAAAGAGGCAGUUGUUGUAAUAACCCAAGAAAGAGAGCAAUGGGAAAUCAAGGACCAAGUCAUGUUAGAUGAUAUAACACAAAUUGUUAAAGUCAUUAAAAUUAAAGGACAAAUCCGAAUUAAAUAUGGAGGGGGAGAAAAAGAAAAACAUAUUUCACUUAAUCUUGGAGAUCUUGUAGAUGAUUUUAUCAAAGAAGUCAACUCUAAGGCAAACUAA